GCAGUGCGACCAGGAAGUUCUUUCAUUUUACCUCAACACCGAAAUCUUUUAGCUCAAUUUACCUGUGAUGCCGAUAGCCGGACCAAAACAACUGCAUUACCUUUGUGUCCUGUUCUGCAGGACGCCGUUUGCCCCUCAGUCCGCUUUUAAGCUAUGGUUUGGCCGGCUUCAGUGAACUGCAGCGCAGCCGCAGAACGGAGCUGACGGUUUUUAGUGGAGAAGAAGCUAAGCUGCUAACAGCUCAGGAGCAGCUAGCUUCAUGUUGUUUAUCCACCGCGGACUCCUGCUGUCUAAGGCUCAUCUGGAUCGUCCCAAAACACUCGAGCUCGUCUGUUGGAGCAGAGGAACGCAGUGGAAGUUGGUGGGAUCCUAACGUCUCUCGUCUUUACCGACCUUGGAGAUGACGUCACAACAACAACAACCAAUCCCGAAUGCCGGUAUUCCUGCUCACCUGGCCCCGAACUCCUCGGCUCACUCCCAGCUGCGGGUGGACUCCAGUCAGAGCCGGGCGAACAGCGGGCCGCUGGAGCACAGAGCGUCGCUAGGCAGGAGGGGCUGCCGCAGCGUGGCGGCACCCAGCGACCAGACGGCCAACAGAAACAUUUCCGCUCGCUCCACAAACUCCGGCUCAUCCAGACAAGACGGGACCUUUGAGCCGUGGCCUGAGGAGGCCGUAGACAACUCCCACGGGCUGUACUCCCUCCAUCGCAUGUUCGACAUCGUCGGAGCCCAGCUAACGCACAGGGACGUCAGGGUGCUGUCCUUCCUGUUUGUCGACGUGAUUGACGAGUACGAGCGCGGCGGCAUCAGGAGCGGCAGAGACUUCCUGCUGGCGUUGGAACGCCAGGGCCGGUGCGACGAGACGAACUUUCGACACGUUCUCCAGCUUCUGAGGAUAAUCACCCGCCAUGACCUCCUGCCUUACGUCACCCUCAGGAAGCGGCAGACUGUGUGCCCAGAUCCUGUUGACAAGUACCUGGAGGAAACGUCUGUGCGAUACAUUUCACCCAGAGGAUCAGAGCAGUGUAAAGACGCCGUAGCCCACAGAAGAACAGGUUCACAGCCGUUCAUAUGCUGCUCCCCAUCAGGAUCACAUGUGGGCUCUCCCCGAACCAAGCCGAGCCCUCCGGCGCCGCACCGCAAGCGGAAGAGGAGUAAUUCAUCUGCUGACUGYAAAGAAAAGCAAACCUGUGAUAUUCGUCUUCGGGUUCGCGCAGAGUACUGCCAGCACGAGUCGGCCCUCCAAGGGAACAUCUUCUCCAACAAGCAGGAGGCGGUGGAGCGGCAGUUCGAGCGCUUCAACCAGGCCAACACCAUCCUGAAAUCCAGAGACUUGGGCUCCAUCAUCUGCGACAUCAAGUUCUCGGAGCUCACCUACCUGGACGCCUUCUGGAGGGACUACAUCAACGGAUCGCUGCUGGAGGCGCUCAAAGGGGUCUUUAUCACGGAUUCCCUAAAGCAGGCCGUGGGCCACGAGGCCAUCAAACUGCUGGUCAAUGUUGACGAGGAGGACUACCUGGCCGGCCGCUGCAAACUGCUGCGCAACCUGGUGGCGAGCGGAGGGAGUCUACGCGUAGGGAACCGAGACGCCGUGUCUUAGAYGGACUCUGAGCGGCGGCGGCGGUGGGGGGGGGCAGAGCCGCUGUACUUCCUGCUUAAAGAAUAGCGUGAGAUGUGGUUGUAUUCUUUGAUGUGUGUGCUUGAAGGGACCUUAGGAACCUCAAGCCCAUUUAUUCCUAAAGAGUUAAUCUUAUUGGAUAUCUACUCGGCGCCGUAAGCAUCGCAUGUGAGGAGACGCGGAGCGGAACCUUCCGGCAUCAGUCUGGAGGAACGUCGCCUCCGCUCCGGUUGGGAAUAACGUGUGCAUUAAGCCUCCUUCCUCAUCGUUGUAUGUUUGACCUUUCCAGCUGUUUUCUUAACGACACUUUUCACCCCGACUCAAAGUGAAGUUGCUUUCAGUGCAAGAUGCUCGUUAUAAUCAGGUUAAUCAUUAGAAGUUGUGUUUUUCUUCAGCGUUUUCCCAGCAGGCACGGAGCACAGCUGGCUGCCAGCCUCAGAUGUUAUUUGAAUCUGUAAUUGUUCCAAACACUACCGAUGUUUUGAGGUGUUCCUCUGUGGAUCUGAUGUACAUGACUGAUCACAUUGGUGCAUUUUCAGCCACUGUGUCUUUGAUUGAAACGGUAGGAAUGAACUCAUCAUCCUGGUGUAACCAAGUCUGUCGCUGAUGUCGUUUUAUUUUUCUAACUAGAAAACGCCGUCGGACAUUUUCAGCCUGCACCUCCUCCCUCCCUCAUUCUGUCACUCAUGUUACACACAGAGUUUUUUUUAAAUUGAAACUACACUUAAAAAUAAAUGAAGACAAAUCAGCUGUUUCA